AUGGGGAAGGCAGAGAAUUAUGAAUUAUACUCAGUGGAACUGGGGACUGGCCCUGGUGGGGACAUGGCUGCCAAGAUGAGCAAGAAGAAGGCGGGAGGUGGGGGAGGCAAGAAGAAGGAGAAGCUGGAGAACAUGAAGAAGGAGAUGGAGAUGAAUGACCACCAGUUGUCAGUGUCUGAGCUGGAGCAGAAGUACCAGACCAGCGCCACCAAGGGCCUGAAGGCGAGUCUGGCAGCUGAGCUGCUGCUGAGGGAUGGGCCCAAUGCACUCCGGCCACCUCGAGGCACCCCCGAGUACGUGAAGUUCGCCCGGCAGCUGGCAGGUGGUCUGCAGUGCCUCAUGUGGGUGGCUGCGGCCAUCUGCCUCAUUGCCUUUGCAAUUCAGGCCAGCGAGGGAGACCUGACCACUGAUGACAAUUUGUACCUGGCGUUGGCACUCAUUGCUGUGGUUGUGGUCACUGGCUGUUUUGGCUACUACCAGGAGUUCAAGAGCACAAAUAUCAUCGCCAGCUUCAAGAAUCUUGUACCCCAGCAAGCCACCGUGAUCCGAGACGGGGAUAAGUUCCAGAUCAACGCGGAUCAGCUUGUGGUGGGCGACCUGGUAGAGAUGAAAGGCGGGGACCGCGUCCCAGCAGACAUCCGAAUUCUGUCAGCCCAGGGCUGCAAGGUGGACAACUCCUCGCUUACUGGAGAGUCUGAACCGCAGACCCGCUCACCUGAGUGUACACACGAGAGUCCCCUUGAGACCCGCAACAUCGCCUUCUUCUCCACCAUGUGUCUGGAGGGCACGGCGCAGGGCUUGGUGGUGAGCACCGGUGAUCGCACCAUCAUUGGACGCAUCGCCUCUCUGGCUUCGGGUGUGGAAAACGAGAAGACUCCUAUCGCGAUCGAGAUCGAACAUUUUGUGGACAUCAUUGCUGGCCUGGCCAUCCUCUUCGGUGCCACAUUCUUUGUGGUGGCCAUGUGUAUCGGCUAUACCUUCCUUCGGGCCAUGGUCUUCUUCAUGGCCAUUGUGGUAGCCUAUGUGCCUGAGGGGCUGCUGGCUACUGUCACGGUCUGCCUGUCACUGACAGCAAAGAGGCUGGCCAGUAAAAACUGUGUGGUCAAAAAUCUGGAAGCAGUGGAGACCCUAGGUUCCACGUCAGUCAUCUGCUCAGACAAGACAGGAACUCUUACUCAGAACCGCAUGACGGUGUCUCAUCUAUGGUUUGACAACCAUAUCCACACGGCAGACACCACAGAAGACCAGUCAGGGCAAACGUUCGACCAAUCGUCGGAGACCUGGCGGGCGCUGUGCCGCGUGCUCACGCUGUGCAACCGCGCUGCCUUCAAGUCUGGCCAGGACGCCGUGCCAGUGCCCAAGCGCAUAGUGAUCGGAGACGCAUCUGAGACUGCGCUGCUCAAGUUCUCGGAGUUGACGUUGGGCAACGCCAUGGGUUAUCGGGACCGCUUCCCCAAAGUUUGCGAGAUCCCCUUCAACUCCACCAACAAGUUUCAGCUGUCCAUUCACACCCUGGAGGAUCCGCGCGACCCCCGGCACUUGCUGGUGAUGAAGGGCGCCCCAGAGCGCGUGCUGGAGCGUUGCAGCUCCAUCCUCAUCAAGGGCCAGGAGCUGCCCCUGGACGAGCAAUGGCGUGAGGCCUUCCAGACAGCCUACCUUAGCCUGGGAGGCCUAGGCGAACGCGUUCUUGGUUUCUGCCAGCUCUACCUGAAUGAGAAGGACUACCCGCCUGGCUACACCUUUGAUGUGGAGGCCAUGAACUUUCCGAGUAGUGGCCUCUGCUUUGCGGGACUUGUAUCCAUGAUUGACCCUCCCCGGGCCACUGUUCCAGAUGCUGUGCUCAAAUGCCGUACGGCAGGCAUCCGGGUGAUCAUGGUGACUGGUGACCAUCCCAUCACAGCCAAGGCCAUCGCAGCCAGUGUGGGCAUCAUCUCGGAAGGCAGCGAGACAGUGGAAGACAUCGCCGCCCGCCUCCGAAUGCCCGUAGACCAGGUUAAUAAGAAGGAUGCCAGGGCCUGUGUGAUCAAUGGCAUGCAGUUGAAGGACAUGGACCCGUCUGAGCUGGUGGAGGCGCUGCGCACCCACCCUGAGAUGGUGUUUGCUCGAACCAGUCCUCAGCAGAAGCUGGUGAUUGUGGAGAGCUGUCAGCGACUGGGUGCCAUUGUGGCUGUAACAGGGGAUGGUGUGAAUGACUCCCCAGCCCUGAAGAAGGCUGACAUUGGUGUAGCCAUGGGCAUUGCUGGCUCCGAUGCUGCUAAAAAUGCUGCUGACAUGAUCUUGCUGGAUGACAACUUCGCUUCCAUUGUGACGGGCGUGGAGCAGGGCCGACUGAUCUUUGACAACCUGAAGAAAUCCAUCGCCUAUACACUGACCAAGAACAUUCCAGAACUGACACCCUACCUUAUCUAUAUCACUGUCAGUGUGCCCCUACCCCUUGGGUGUAUCACCAUUCUCUUCAUAGAACUCUGCACAGAUAUCUUUCCAUCUGUGUCCCUGGCAUAUGAAAAGGCCGAGAGUGACAUCAUGCACCUGCGCCCACGGAACCCUAGGCGGGACCGGUUGGUCAAUGAACCCCUGGCUGCUUAUUCCUAUUUUCAGAUUGGUGCCAUUCAGUCAUUUGCCGGCUUUGCUGACUACUUCACGGCCAUGGCCCAGGAGGGCUGGUUCCCUCUGCUGUGUGUGGGGCUGCGACCACAAUGGGAGGACCACCAUCUACAAGAUCUUCAAGACAGCUACGGCCAGGAAUGGACAUUUGGUCAGCGUCUGUACCAGCAGUACACCUGUUACACCGUGUUCUUCAUCAGCAUCGAGAUGUGCCAGAUCGCUGAUGUCCUCAUCCGCAAGACACGCCGCCUCUCCGCUUUCCAGCAGGGAUUCUUCAGGAACAGGAUCCUGGUGAUCGCCAUCGUGUUUCAGGUCUGCAUUGGCUGCUUCCUGUGCUACUGCCCAGGGAUGCCCAACAUCUUCAACUUCAUGCCCAUCCGGUUCCAGUGGUGGCUGGUCCCCAUGCCCUUUGGCCUUCUCAUCUUUGUCUAUGAUGAGAUCCGGAAACUUGGAGUUCGCUGUUGCCCAGGGAGCUGGUGGGACCAGGAACUCUACUAUUAGAGGGGUAAUCACCUCUCCAUCCACUAUCAGCUGGGACAAAACA